ACACGAGUCCAGAGAGCGGAGCACGACUCGAACCCGUCCCCUUCCUUGCGGCGGCCCCGGACGUGAAUGCGGAGAGAGCGAGAGCGAGAGAGAGAGAGAGAGAUCAUGGUGGCCCCGGACCUGAAGGCGGAGACGAUGAAGCUGAUGGAUCGGCGGGGGGCGCUCGAGGCGGAGAUGGACGCCAUCAUCGCCCGCCUCACCGCGCCCGGCGGGCCGGGCAUCACCGGCGGCCUCGUCGACGCCGAGGGUUUCCCCAGGUCCGACAUCGACAUCCCGAACGUCCUCGCCCAACGCCGGAGACUCGCUGAGCUGCGAAAUGAUCACAAGGAUGUUACUAACAAAAUUGAUAAGAAUCUGGAGAUUCUACAUUCAUCAAAGUUGUCGAGGAAUGAGCAAUCAGCCUCAAGGGGGUCUGAUACAACAGCUUCAUCGCAUAUUGGGUUAUCUCAAAUUGAACCAAUGGAAGAGGAUCCGGUCACCAGACUUCCUUUUGCCAUGAUUGAUGAGAUCACAGAUGGUUCUCCUGCUGCUGUGGAUGGUUUGCAACUUGGAGAUGAGAUAGUGAAGUUUGGGAAUGUGGAAGCUGGUGACAGAUUGCAGGAAAGGCUCAUGUCUGAAGCUAUCUCCAAUGAGGAUCAUCAAGUAUCUUUAGCUAUCAUUCGUCAGGGAUCGGCAAUGAAUUUAACAAUUACACCAAGAAGGUGGCAUGGAAGAGGACUUCUGGGGUGCCAUUUUCGAAUGUUAUGAAGAGUCUGCGUUCUUCAGCCAAUAAUGUUCGCCCUUCUGGACGGCUCUAGCAUCAAUUGAUGACUUAGGUCGUGAUUGAACUGAUUAACUGAAAGUGUGUAACGUCCUACAGAAAGCUGAAUGCGUUACUUAUUUUUAUCUGUGGAGCGCUUAAAACAUACCGGCGUAUAUACCUGGUUGCCUUGGUUGAGAUUUUUACUUCGUACAUUAUUGUUAUCUC